AAGAAGCAAAAAAACUUAUGUCUGAAUCAAGUUUAGAGGCUAAUUUGAUUUAUAUAAAAUCUAAUUUUGGUUUCAUUCCUUCAGAAAUAAAAAAGCUGGAGGCUUCUGGAGUCCUAUUAUCAGAAACUAUUAAUACAAUUAAAAAAAUUGAAACUACAUUGUCCCUUGCUCCUAAUGUAAUCGGAGAAACAAUAUCAAACAAACUGAAUAAUGUUUUGAUGAAAAAUAAUGGGUUCAAAGUUUUAAAAAAUAUAUCUGCUAUUCUGGACGGUGAAAAUACAAGUAGAGAUGGUAUUCCGGAAGACCUAACUUUAAAUGAUAUGGUUCAUUUCAAAUAUGCCCCUGUUACUUCUGUGGACGUUGAACGAAGUUUUUCUUCAUAUAAAAACAUUUUAUCUGACCGCCGUCGCAGCUUCCUGUUUGAAAAUCUUAAGAAUCAUCGAAUUGUGCAAUGCAAUAAUAUGUGUACAGAAUAAUUAUACCAGGAAGCGGUUGAAUUCACAA